AUGUCUGAGACCCUCCAGUACUGGGCAUUGGUGUUUAACUCCCUCUCUAUCAUUUCCAAUCGGCAAACCCUGAAUCAUCGAGACCAUUUAUCCAUUCUGGAAUGCUUCAAUAUUCUCACCACCGUGGGGAAUUAUUCCAAUGCUCACAUUAGUAUGCCAAGCCUUCAGCUGGAGUUCAGGUACAAUCCUGGCUGUAUGAUUGCGUUUUCUGGAAGGAUUGUUAGAAAUGAGGUUCAUGAAGUGGAAGGGGAUUGGGUUGCAUGGGCAUGGUAUAUGAGGAAUUCUGUUCAUAUUUAUGCCGGGGUUCCCUCAUGUGGAUGGGCUAGGGUGGAUUGCCCACCCUGA